CUUAAACCAUAUCAUAACCGCGGUACAUAACACAGAAAUUUUGGUUAUUCGCUUGGAUUUGAUUAUAUACAACUGGACCACACAAUUUUUGUAUUUGUGUUUUGUGACUUUGACAAUCAGCUGGGAAAACGACAAGCGGGAAAAGCCCAAUCAAUAGGUUAUGUAUGUGUAUUUAUUGACAUGUGGCCUACAAUUUUAAAGAACUUGAUUUACGCACCCUCAUAUUAAUUGUGAGUUGAUGAGAUUAUUUUAGUAUUUACGACAGUUAUUUACAAUUCAAAAAAUGCUAAAAACGAUUACCUUUGUGACUGGAAACGCAAAAAAACUUGAAGAAGUAGUACAGAUACUGGGAUCCGAUUUUCCGGGUGAAUUGACAAGCAAGAAGCUUGACCUGCCCGAACUGCAAGGCGAUAUAAACGAAAUAUCUAUUUUGAAAGCCAAGGAAGCACAUCGACAAGUGCAAGGGCCAGUGGUAGUUGAGGAUACAGCCCUUUGCUUCAAUGCUUUAAAAGGUUUACCAGGCCCUUACAUAAAAUGGUUCCUUGAGAAGCUGGGACCUGAAGGCUUGCACCAAAUGCUGGAGGGUUUUGAAGAUAAAACUGCACAAGCUGUCUGUACAUUUGCUUAUCAUCCUGGUGGUGAAAAUGAGAAAGUUGUAUUGUUUCAAGGGAGAACUGAUGGCAUGAUUGUUAGUCCAAGAGGGCCUAGGGAUUUUGGGUGGGAUCCUUGCUUUCAACCUGUAGGAUAUGACAACACUUAUGCAGAAAUGCCCAAGAGUGAAAAGAAUAAGAUAUCUCAUAGAUAUAGAGCUUUAGAUAAAUUUAGGAAGCAUUUUAUUCAAUAACAUUAUUAUUGAGCAGCUAUUUUAAGUUAUUUAUCAUAAUAUAGUAAUCUCAUUGAAGUAUUAUAAGUAUAUAUUUCAGAAAUUAAUAAACCUAAUCAAAUAGGACUAUUUUCUAACUGCAAUAAUUUAUGGUCAUCUUGGCACUUGUGUUGUUGCCUGCUCCCAAAAUAAAUUAUUUCUCAUGCUAAUUAAGUGAUUAAACCUUCCUAGUGUGAAUCUUGAAUUAGGUUUAGGGAAUUUGUCUGAAUUUUUUGAAGAAUAAAUAAAUGCCCCAUUUUCAGCUCAGUAUUUCAGAAGGAAUCCUCUAAUAUAAUGUAAACACAUUACACGCAAGGAAUAAAAGAAAACUAUCAGUACA